AUGUCUCUCCCGGGCUUGGAGCUGACGCAGCCGUCGGAGAGGGUGUUGGCUGUCGCUCCGCCGUCGCAAAUCGCCUUGAAGGCUGGGUCUGAAUGGCGCUUCGAAGUUGCAUUUGGACAUAUCGUGAGGGUCAAACUUCUCACCGGCACCGCCGAGCUCUUCGGCACUGAGCUCGCCGAGUCGCAAACUUAUACCUUUUCCGGCACCAAGGCGGCAAUCUACACAUGGUAUGGAUGUGAAUUGGAGGUCAGCGCUGGGGAUACUGGUACUGUUACGUCUGAUGGAGUGACACCCGUGGCUGGUCAUGGCGCAGGCGGCUGCCAGAGCGAGUACACCGCGGAAGAGACGCCCAUGAUUGAGUACGCCAAUCUCCACUUCGCGCUGGAGACAAUGCGCCAGGAAGCGCAAGGGUCGGGCAAGGACGGCCCUCGUGUCUUAUUGCUGGGACCUGAUGAUGCGGGCAAGACGAGUCUCGCGAAGAUCUUGACGGCCUAUGCGACAAAAGUUGGUCGGCAGCCAUUGGUCGUGAACCUGGACCCGACUGAAGGCAUACUCAGUGUUCCGGGUACUCUCACUGCAACCGCUUUUCGGACGAUGCUGGACAUCGAGGAUGGCUGGGGCAGUAGUCCCAUGUCUGGACCGAGCCCGGUCCCUGUGAAGCUUCCGCUCGUCUACAGCUACCCACUGGCUAACCCUCUCGACGCCGAGGGCUCAGUUUACCGACCCAUUGUGUCACGUCUAGCCUUGUCGGUAACGGGCCGCUUGGCGGAAGACGAAGAAGGUCGCGAAACGGGCAUCAUCGUUGAUGCUCCCGGCAUUCUCAGCUCCGGCAAACCAGGGAGUCUAGAGCUGAUCAACCACAUUGUGACUGAGUUCGCCAUUACAACCAUCGUCGUCCUCGGAUCAGAGCGUCUCUACAGUACCAUGGUCAAGCAAUAUGACAACAAGCCCAGCGCCAGCGCCUCGGCCACCAUCUUCGACGAGCGCAUUUCCGUCCUGAAGUUAUCUAAAUCAGGCGGCUGCGUUGAUCGUGACGACGCAUUCCGCAAAGCUACCCGCGAGUCACAGAUCCGUUCUUACUUCUUCGGCAAUCCAAUGCCUACCACCGCAUCAGCGGCUCUCUCCCUCUCAGCAUCAUCCACAUCCGGCGUGACUCUCUCCCCACACGCCCAGGUAAUGGACUUUGCCUCGCUAUCAAUCUUCAAUUACACCGUCGUCUCGGCCGAAGACGAAGACGAGGAUGAAUACGACCCUUCGACCCUCGGCAUGGGUGGCUCAUUCCUGCCCCCAGGUAAAGACGAUUCUACCCCCCAGCAUUCAGAACCAGAUCGUGCCGCCCCACUGCCAGGUAUCAUCGGCCUCUCAAAUGAUGUACAUAACCCAUCCACCUCCAAUUCCUCAAGUAACGUCCCGCUCAAAAAGGUACUGCCACCCGCACCCUCGGCUUUGGCGAAUACCUUGAUCGCAGUCACCCACGCUUCGACUACCGCUCCGCCAGCCCAGGUCUGCGAUGCGAGUAUCAUGGGAUUCCUCUACGUUGCGGAUGUUGAUGCGGAGAAGGGAAAGAUUCGGGUUCUUGCACCUGUGGGUGGGAGACUUCCGCCGCGAGCGAUGAUUUGGGCUAGGCGUUGGCCUACAGAGGUUGUUGGGCUGGUUGGUUGA